AUGGGAAAUUCAAGGUUCAGACUGUUUCAUCUAAUGCCCAAUGUAUGGUUCUACAAGCUAAGAGACUUUGGCAGAUACAGAGAGACCCAGAGGAGACUGGUUCAAUGCAGGAGCAUUUGUAGAGAUAGAGAUGAAUCUGCUAUUAGUUUGAGUGGUGCUGGAUUUUAUGAUUUUGGUGGGUGUGGAGGAGUUUAUGCUCUGCAUCUCAAUCACAAAGAGUCUCAACCUCAGCCAUUAAAGCAGAAAGCCCAAAUAACAGAGGUUGCUAAUAGGGGGAUGGUAAGUAAGGGCACAUCAGCUGCAUUAAUAGAGUCAAGAGUAGUAGCAGCAUUGUGCAGCUGUACAACUACUGUUGGGUUUGUAUGGAACUCAAGAGGUAGGAAUGACAGUUCCAGCAGUAGUGAAAUCUCAGAUGAAGAAGAAAUGAAUGGAAACUUCUACUGUAAAAAACCCAAGCUGGUACUGCAGCAGCAGCAGCAGGAAGUCAAGGAGAGUUAUAGUACAGAGCUUAUACAGAAUUUAGACCAUUCUCAAUUUGGCCCUGAGUUAAUGGAGUAUAGUAAUAGGAGUUGGAAAGAUGAUGGAGAAGAAAAGAAUGGAAACUUUUGCUGUAAAAAACCCAUGUUGGUACUGCAGCAGCAGCAACAGGAAGUCAAAGAGAGUUACAGUACAGAGUUUAUACAGAAGUUAGACCAUUCCCAGUUUGGCCCUGAGUUAAUGGAAUGUAGUAAGAGGAGUUGGAAGCACCAGAGCAAACAUGUUAUUCAAUAUAGUUACAGUGGUGUUGCUGGGUUGCCCAGUCCUGUUCACAAUGAAGAUGUAGACUGUGAGUAUGUGACAAUGGCACAGCAAGAUCAAGCUCUGACAACCCAAAUGUUUGAACUUGCUCAGGGCCCAUUUGUGAUAAAUACCCAUCUUAAGUCCUCAACUUCUCAAAUUUGCAGCUCUUCACUGUAUGUUAAUAAUUUGGGGAGAUUAACUACUGAUCAGGAAAGCCAAGAAGAAGUGCCAAUCUACAAUAUGGAGUCUACAGAGAUGGAGAAGAUAUCAAGAUGUGGUCAUAGCUUGGAGAACAAUACCAUGUUUGAUAAAAGUGGGUGUGCAUCAGUGGAAUCUGCUGAGAAGAAUACUGUGUUUGAUAGCUUUGCAGAGGUGAAAUCAUCUUAUGACCCACAGAAGGAUUUCAGAGAAUCCAUGGUUGAGAUGAUUAUAGAAAAGAAUAUACAUUUCUCCCAAGAUCUUGAGUGCCUCCUUCAAUGCUAUCUUUCUUUGAACUCGGAUGAGUAUCAUCACAUUAUCCUGAAGGUCUUUGAUCAAGUUAGGUCAGAAUUGAAACUCCAGUAA